CCCGCCCGGGUUUGUUUGCCCGCCGCUUGUUGACACCCGCGCACGUAUACGGGUUCUAAAGGUCGUCCCCGAACGCUAAGCCUUUUGUUAGCGAGUAAACGGCCGCUUGCAAAUAAGAACUGCCCGGCUAGCCAUGUUCCCGUCUUACAGCUGAGGUGCACUGCUGCCGGUAGGUUCACCGUGGAAUCUGCCUGUAUUCUCUGGCAUUGGAUGAGCGUCUGUUGCCGGUAGGUUGACUGCAGUGUCCCGGUCUCCCAUACACACCACGUGCUGAGAACACUUGACAGUUCCCAAGUUAGCGUUCAGCAAAGCUCAGCAGAGACAAGAAUCUGACACCCACGCACCCAGCGGACACAUAUGGCCGUGUGCUUACUCCAACCCCUCGGUUACUCUACCCAGCAUGAGAAUAUGGCUACCGGUACUGUGGUGAAGGCGGGGGCGGAUGGGAAGGACGACCACACCCGCAGGCGAUUCUCGGACGCCCCGAUGCACGACGUCACCGAGUCCGAAGAGGAAGACGAGGAACUCGAGGACGAUGACAUCGACAACGUGUCCACCUACACCGGGGAGGACGCCGAGUCUCCUCGGAGCGAGAUGCUGGCAGAGCCCGCAUGCGACAUGACCAAACAGCUGCUCGACUUCGCGGAAGCGGUCAACAACGACAUCCAGAAAUACUUCGGCAGAAAAAAGAACGACCCGGACUCGUGCGACAUCUACGAGGAUCGCUUCACGUCGGGAAAGUCCGGUCGGGAACUGUACUACGCCGACCUGUUGCGAAUCGCUCAGAACGGCGAUUCUGCCGACUCCGGCACCGCCAAGUCGAACUCUCAACAGACCCGAAAAGACGGCGGCAGCGACGGGGUCUACAAAAAGGGCGGCACGCUUGGCCCCUUGCAAGACCUCUUCGAAUUCGGUCUCAAGAAACACAUCGUAGAAAACAAACUCAUCAAAUCAAGCAAGAAACUGAAACGUCUGAAGCUAGAUACACGUCUUGAAGACAUCGUGCCAAUGCAGAAGAGAAAGCUGCCGGAUUCGUUCUUUAAGGAACCGUACGCGAGAGUUUCGGACGGGCGGGUAAGCCUUGUCAACUCCAGCACACCAGACUUUAGCGACCUGUUAGCCACUUGGACCGAAGUCGGUGGAAGUGAGGUAAGCGGGGAGGGGGAGUCGUCCUCCCCGGAGGACAUGAGCGUGGACACCGCCGAGAACUCCCCCAUCGAACGCCUAGCAUAACGGUAGUCGUCAUCGUUAGAACAAGUGUGUGCUAAGUACAUACAAACGCGGACUAGCGACAAGGAUCUAGUAAAAUACAUUCAAGUGCUUUGUACUUUUUUUUACUAUGUCGGACUGUUAGUUGGAGUUAUACUAGGUGAACAUUAUAGAGAGUGUGGACAGUUAUAAAUUGAAUCAAUGCACGUCAUUGGAAAUUACGUACAUUUGUGUUGCCGGACCAGUGUCAGUUCUUAGCAGCUGAAACGAUAUGUCUAAACCAGAUGGUCCCCUUACGUUGUUGUUGAUAGGUCAGUUCUUAAGUAAUUUACAAGCUCUGCCCAUUGGUUAUCAUGCUUUAACAUUGAAACUACAUCCUAUACAUUUUGUUUAGAACGUUAGCUACACUUCAACCAAGUAACUUAUCAUGAACCCAACUGUAAAAC